AUGAUGUCCUACAUAAAGCAACCCCAUUACACCAUGAACGGGUUAAAUCUGCCUGGUCCCGGAAUGGAUGUGCUUCACACAACCGUCGCUUAUCCCGGCACAUACGCAGAUUGUAGCGCAGCCACUCCCCGGAAGCAGCGCAGGGAGCGCACCACCUUCACCCGGACACAGCUGGACAUCCUGGAGGCGCUGUUCUCCAAGACCCGCUACCCAGACAUCUUCAUGAGGGAGGAGGUGGCCCUCAAGAUCAACCUGCCGGAGUCACGUGUGCAGGUUUGGUUUAAAAACCGCCGUGCCAAGUGCCGCCAGCAGCAGCAGCAGAGCAGUGGCCAGUCCAAGCCGCGCCCUCCCAAGAAGAAGGCCUCUCCAGUGCAGGAGCCCGACGCCACUGGUCCUGUCCCCAACCAGUCUAGCUCCUACAGCCCCUCCUCUGGCCAGUCAGGGUCCAGCCUGGCACCCAGCUCCAGCACUGGAAACGCAGCUGUGUCCAUCUGGAGCCCGGCCAUGUCACCCCUGCCUGACCCCCUGGCUUCCUCAGCCCAGUGCAUGCAGCGGCCCUCACCUUACCCCAUGAGCUACGGCCAGCCAUCAGCUUACACCCAAGGCUACGCCAGCACCACCUCCUACUUCACUGGCUUGGACUGCAGUGCCUACCUGUCCCCCAUGCACUCGCAGCUGUCGGGCACAGGGGGCGCUCUCAGCCCCAUCACCGUGCCCUCAAUGGGGGGCUCCUUAAGCCAGUCCCCGGCCUCUCUGUCCUCACAGGGCUACAGCACAGCCUCCUCCCUGGGCUUCACCUCCGUUGACUGCCUGGACUACAAGGACCAGCAGGCCUGGAAACUGGGCUUCACCACAAUGGACUGUCUGGACCACAAAGACCAAAACUCCUGGAAGUUCCAGGUGCUCUAG